AUGGCUGCUAAACUCCUAGGCCUGUGCUGGCUCUUCCUUGCCAAACCCACUUUCGCGGUUCUUACGCGACCGAACUGUUCGUCCCUCCCGCUUGCUAGUAAUGAUGUCUGCAACACGUCGCUUCCACCGUCGCAGCGCGCGGCAGCGUUGACUGCCGCUAUGACCAUUGACGAGAAGGUGGGAAAUCUGCUCAACAACGCAUCAGGUGCUCCGAGGUUGGGAGUUCCCGAGUAUGAAUGGUGGAGUGAGGCAUUACACGGUUUAGGCUUCUCCGAAGGUGUGGAUUUUGGGCAAAACUUCUCCAUUGGCGUAACACCUCUCGACGAGCCCUUUUCGUCGGCCACCUCUUUCGCAAAUCCUAUCCUGCUCGCAGCUGCUUUUGACGAUGCCAUGAUCAGGGAUAUUGCAGAUGUCAUCUCCACUGAGGCGAGGGCGUUCAGCAACUAUGGCAGAGCUGGUCUCGACUUUUGGACACCCAACAUCAAUCCUUAUAGAGAUCCUCGUUGGGGCCGAGGCAUGGAAACCCCCGGCGAGGAUCCCUUGCGAAUCAAGGGCUACGUCAAUGCUUUUGUCGAAGGGAUGGAGGGUCCUCCCGAUGCCGUGCCCAAGAAGACCAUUACGACGUGUAAACAUUUCGCCGGCUACGACAUGGAGGACUCCGACGGCGUCACUCGUCACAACUUUGACGCGAUUAUUUCGACUCAAGAGCUAGUCGAGUACUACAUGCCACCAUUCCAGCAGUGCGUCCGCGAUUCUCGGGCAGGAUCUGUAAUGUGCUCGUAUAAUGCGCUCAACGGUGUUCCCGCAUGCGCAAACGAUUAUCUACUGAAAACAGUUCUGCGCGACCACUGGAACUGGACGGAUGGCAGUCAAUACGUCGUCACUGACUGCGAUGCGCUUCAGGACACCUAUGAGCAGCACAAUUAUACCAAUACGGCGGCAGAAGCUGUCUCUGUUCUGUUCGCAGCCGGCACAGAUAACAUUUGUUCGGCCUCAUCGACGGAUGUCUUAGAUGCGUACCAGCAAUCUUUGCUAUCGGAGGACGACAUCGACCAAUCCUUGAAUCGAUUGAUAGAGGCAUUAGUCAGACUGGGAUACUACGACCCCGUCGAUAGCAACCCGUAUCAGAAUCUGACCUGGGAGGAUGUCAAUACACCAGCCGCCGAAGAACUAGCUAGGGGAAGCGCAGCAGAAAGUAUGGUGCUACUGAAUAAUGAUGGGACACUUCCGCUCGACUUUUCUACAAUCCCUUCAGUUGCCAUCAUUGGUCCGUGGGCCAACGUUACUUGGGAGCUUCUGGGGACCUAUUUUGGCAUCUCACCUUUCUAUCAUAGCCCUCUAUUUGCUGCAGAGCAAUUGGGAGUUCCAGUCCACUUUGCAGCUGGCGCGACAUCGUCGGGAAACUCGUCCCUCUCUCUAGAGGCAGCCACCGCAGCCGAUGUUGUCCUCUACUUUGGAGGCAUCGAUCUCGCUACUGAGAGCGAAACCAACGACAGAAGUUCAAUCGCCUGGCCCACAACACAGCUCGCCGAGAUUGAGCAGCUUUGCGCCCUCGGUAAGCCGUGUAUUGUUGUGCAGUUUGGGGACCUGGUCGAUCACACAUCUCUCUUGACAAACGGCAACAUCUCGUCGCUGCUCUGGGCAGGCUAUCCGGGACAAGAUGGUGGACCCGCAGCUUUCGACGUUCUGACGGGAAAAACGUCCCCUGCUGGCCGACUGCCCGUCACUCAGUAUCCUGCUGACUACGUCGAUCAAGUCCUUAUGACUGACAUGAGCCUUCGACCCAGCAACUCCAGCCCAGGUCGAACCUACAUGUACUACGAUGAGGCGGUGCAGCCCUUUGGAUUUGGACUUCACUAUACCAAUUUCAACGCCUCAUUCGCAACCUUGACAACCUGCAAAAGCUCUGGCAACUUGUCAAUGACGUUUAGUACCGCGGACUUUGUGUCCGGAUGUGCGGCACCAUAUCUCGACUUGUGCCCAUUCGGCAACUUGACCAUCAACGUCUCAAAUCAGGGAACCGUGACGUCGGACUAUGUUGCCCUCGCCUUUCUUGCAGGCGCACACGGUCCAGAGCCACGACCCAUCAAGAGGCUUGCUAGCUACACACGCGUCCGUGAUAUUGCUCCGGAUCAGACCGCCUCUGCGACGCUUGGACUGACCCUCGGGAAUCUGGCCCGUGUCAAUACUGCUGGAGAUUCUGUGCUGUAUCCUGGCGAUUAUGAAUUGCUCUUGGAUGUCCCGAUGCAAGCGUCCAUGUCAUUCCAGUUGGUUGGAGAUGAGGUUGUUCUGGAUAGUUGGCCACAGCCACCUUGGUAG